UUCCUGCAGCCAAACGGCCUGGAUAUAGGCGAAGAAAAAGUUGAGAGAGAGAGAGAGAGAGAGAGAGAGGGAGAGUGUAGUUAAGCAGUUGCAGGUGGAGAGGAUUGGUAGAGAAGAGCAAAGAAAGAGAGAAGAUGGGGGGAGGAAUGGAGACGAACAAGAACAGGUUCAUAGAGGAGUGGGGCGCAGCCCGAGAGAACCUCGAGCUCAACUUCCGAUGGACUCGACGCAACUUUGCCCUCGUCGGCAUAUUCGGCCUCGUCGUCCCCAUCCUCGUCUACAAGGGCAUCGUUCGUGAAUUCCAUAUGCAAGACGAGGAUGCAGGCAGACCCUACAGGAAGUUUCUGUGAGACUUCAGGAAUGCUUCAUAAUAAUUGUGGGAGUAGAAGAACUAGGUUUCUCUAUUGGACCACAUAAAUGGUAAUUUUCAUAAUCGGGGAAAGUACUUGCUGUUCUUUGAUUCUCUGUAGCAUGUGGUGUUCAGUCAGUUUUCAUUGUACUUUGCUGUCAAGAAUACUGAAUAUUUGAUGACCAAGUUCUGCCUUUUGUGAUCA